AUGGAAGGACAUGAUAAGAUGACUAUUGAUUAUUUGGAGAAGAAGCCUGGAAGCAGACCUAGUUCUCCCAACCAAACAGUUAAGACGAACCAUGAUGGAGGAAGAGACAUCAUUGCAACUACUCGGUCAGAUACUAGGAAUAGAGACUCUGCUAGAGGAAUGAACAGGGCAGGGGUCGAUACAAUCCUCCCUAAAAUACAAAGUAGAUCUGAAUUAAUACAAUCCAGGCAUUCGAACUCUGAAAUGCAGUCCGAAGACUCAAAGAGUGGGCCAAGUAACAUAGUUCUUGAUCAAGAAUCCCAACAAAGAGUGGAGCAAGAGGAAGAGAAGGAAGAAGUGGAUCUGAUGAAGUCAAAGUGCAUUGAUUGAUCUCUAAAAUAAUGUGGUCCUUUCAUUAGCUUUCCUUUGAUUAGUAAUCACAGCUAUAACACUAUUUUUCAUAUAUAAUUCAGAGAUCAAGGGCUUCGCUGAUGAUUAUAUCCGGUUUAUGAAAGAUGAGCCCUUCCUUGCGAUAUUGUUAUACAUGCUUGCAUACAUUGGUACUCGGCCAAUCUGCAUCCCUGCAACCUUGUUUAUUUUAUUCGGAGCAUAUAUUUUUGGUGAAGCAUUCGGAUUUUUGGCUGGGUUUUUCAUCUUCGUAGUCGUUGAUUACAUUUCUCUUCUGGUCGGCACUUCCUUAGCUUUCCUUAACGGAAGGUAUCUCUUCAAGAACUGUGUCCAAUCGAUGAUUAAAAAGAGAAAGAAACUGAUGGCACUUAGCGAAGCAUUAUCCCAUAACGCAAAGAAGCUGGUGUUCUUACUGAGGAUAUGUUCACUAACCCCGUAUUAUAUCUUCAAUUAUGUGUGAAGUGUCACGAACAUGUCGUGGACUGAUUACUUCAUCGGAAAUUUAGGAAUAAUACUAUGUGACGCACCAUACAUCUAUGUAUGAGCGAGUAUCUCUGAUAUAAGUGAGGUUGAAGACUCCUCUUCCAAUCUUGGAGUGUGGUACUACGUCAUCAUUGCCAUAAGUAUCCUCAUCGUAAUAGUAGUAAUAAUCUUGGUCUAUUUCCUUGCGAAGAAAGAACUCGCCAGAACUUUAGAAUUAAUUAAAAAUGAGCAAAAAGAAAAUGAGGAUAAUUAACAAUCAGAGCUCUCAAAGGGAUGGUGAUGGAGAACAGAUUCCACAAAAUCCCUAUAUUUCUCCUAACUUGCCAAGUGUGGCCCUCAAAACUAACACUAGUCAGCAUGGCCAGUCUCUAAAAAGAGACCAAUCUUCUAGAAGAGAUCAGUCCUCAGUUACCCCUGUUAAUGGGAAUAUGAGAUAUGACGAAGAGGAGGAUUAGC